AUGGUUUGUGAUACAUUGGUAUACCAUCCCACGGUAACUAAACUGAUUAAAUUCUUAGAAACUACUCAAGGUAGGGAAAAGAUAUUGAGAUUGUUACAAUAUUUAAGUAGAUUUCUAGCGGUACAACAAUCAUCCAUAUAUUACAGACAACUACAAGCACAAUUCACCUUAAUUAGGAAAGUAUUGAGAUUUUUGAAACCUUUAAAUCAUCUACAAGCGGCAUCGAAGUUUUAUGAUGAUACAAUUAGCCAAGAUUACCUCGUGAGACUUUGUAAUAUUAUUAAGAAUUUAGGUUAUGCUAGUUAUUUAUCAUUCGAUCAAAUUAAUUUAUUAAGAAUGCUCAGAAUUGUACCAAGUACUAAUUUCACCACGGUAAAAGUACCACGUUAUUGCAAUUGGUUCUGGUUCAUUGCGCUAAUUAGUGGAUUAACCUUAGAUAUUCGUAAGAUUCAAAUUAGCGAAUUGAAAUUGAACCAGAAAAUUUCUAAAGAUUCUAUAGAUAAAGAAAAAGACAGUAUGAAACAUAUACUUUUAGAGAAGCACUCUGCCACUAGAAGAUUGGUAUGGGAUUCACUGGAUACGUUUAUCGUCGCAAACAACUUAGGAUUUUUUUCGAAUAGAGAAGAUUACGUUGCUUUGGCCGGUGUCGUCACGUCUCUACUCGGUCUACAGGACCUCUGGAAAGGUACUAAAUAA